AUGAUUUAAAACGCCUUGUUUUCUUUCAAAGCACUGAAAUUGGCACAUUACGCUGGUAUGGUCAUUGAAGUAAACAACAGAAAGAAAUUGAAUUCUUAUUGGAGAUGAUUGACAAUUGAAACGUCGCAGCUUCCUCAAUACAUUGUAAGGAAAUGAUAUCGGAGACAAAAAUGUGUUAAUCCGGACAAAGGUCAGCUGUAAUGGACUCCACAAAAAGCCGAAAUCACAGCUCUUUUAGAGGAAGCAACCGAAAAGUAGCGCAAUCAUGGAAUCCAUGUCCGUGUAACGCAAGGUUUUGUCCUUCAGUGCGUUACAUGAUUGGUGCAUUUCUCAUGUUGGGAUUCGCUAAUGUGUACGCCAUGCGUGUUAAUCUCAGUAUGGGCCUCGCCGUGAUGGUCGCUGAUCUAACUGUCAUGAGAGGUGGCAAAGAAGUGCAGGAAUCUGCGGAGUUCUCUUGGAGCACUACAACACAAGGAAUUAUUUUUAGUGCAUUCUACUUCGGGUACAUAAUCACGCCUUUGCCCGGAGGACAUUUGGCGCGAAAAUUCGGCGGCGCCACAGUGAUUGGCAUAGCUGUAGGUCUCAACGGCGUCCUGACACUCUUCACCCCUCUAGCUGCGCGGAUGCACGUGGCAAUGUUUAUGGCCUUGAGGAUCGCAAUAGGCGCGGCUCAGGGGUUGGUUUUUUCAGCUGGACACGCACUGUGGAGUAAAUGGGCACCUCCUUUAGAGAGAAGCAAACUUGGAACGCUCAACUACGCAGGAGGUCACCUGGGAAUCAUUCUUAUCUUGUAUCUGUCCGGCUACAUUGCGUAUUACUAUGGCUGGCCCAUGAUAUUUUAUGUUUCUGGUGCAAGCGGGAUUCUCUGGUCUCUUAUGUGGCUACUGAUGGUUAGAAAUUCACCUUCAGAGCAGCCAUGGAUCAAAAAAGAAGAAGUGGAGUACAUAGAACUUAGCUUAGCAGGGGAUUUACAGAGUAAGGAUGUUCUAAUUCCUUGGAAAUCAAUCUUCACUUCCCUUCCAGUUUGGGCAAUCAUAGUGGCGCAUUUCACUCAUGGGUGGGGUUUAUACACCAUGGUCGCAGAACUUCCUAUAUUUUACAUUAAACGAUUCAAUUUCAACCUCAACGAGGCAACUAUUGCAUCCACCGUACCUUUCUUGGUAACGUUUUUUGUUGUAUUGAUUGGAGGGCAAUUAGCGGACUAUCUUCGGGAACAAAGCAUCUGCAGUACAGGAACAGUCAGAAAGAUCUUCACUGCACUUGGUUAUGUUUUUCCGGCUGUCUUUUUCAUAGCAGCAAGUUAUUCAUCUAAUUCAAGCAUUGUUCGAGCACUAAUCGCGCUAGGAAUGGGACUCAAUGGAUUAUCAAUCUGUGGUUACUAUGUCAAUCAUCUUGAUAUAGCCCCACCCCUCGCUGGUGUUUUGCUUGGAGUAACAGACACCAUAGCAACAGUGGCGGGAAUUGUGUCUCUCACACUGACUGGAGCUAUCGUUCAACAUCAUAGUGCUGAGGAAUGGAGAACGGUUUUCUACAUAAUGGAUGCGGUUUUUCUUUUGGGGGGGAUAUUUUAUGUGUUGUUUGCAUCUGGUGAAAAACAACCCUGGGCUAAUGGCAACGAAUACGACAAACUGACGACAAAUGAGUCGUUAACGACUGAGUAAAAGAUAGAUCAGUUAUCCCUUGACCUUUUAGAAAUUUAUUCUUUUAUGUUUAUAUGUAAUUAUUCAGCGCCAUGAAUUGUAAAAAAACGUUAUGUCCAUACCAUUUAAAUGUCAAGAAGGCAGAGUUAGGUACACUCUUUUUUUCGAUAAGAACCUUUUUUAUAAGAACGUUUAGGCUGAGAUUAACCAAAUUUUAAGAACGUAUAAAGAACAUUCCCCAGGCUGAGAGUCGAUUCAGAACGUUUAUAUUUGCUAAUCUGUUGAUUUCUAAAUUAUCUUGUGUUCUCACAAAAAACUGUCAUGUUUAUCAUGUGUAAUACAUGGCUUUGCGUUCUUUAUUUUAAGAACGAAUUAAGAACAUUCCUCAGGUUGAGAGUCGAUUAAGAACGUUUACAUUUUGCUAAUCUAUAUAUUAAAUGGCAAACAUAAAAUAAAGGCAACAAAAAAAAUGUAAAUCAACCCAAAUACUUAAGGGCUUUAACAAAAAAUCAGCCUUUGCUGAAAACCAUUCUCAGAAAUCCUUCUAUUAUAGCCUACAAAAGAGGUAGAUCUCUCAAAGACACGCUCGUAAGAGCCAAAUUAUGAGAGACACAUGUAAUCACAUCACAUCUAUUAUUUAGGGAGUCCGUGCUGGCCUGUCUUCCUUAUUUUUGUACCGUGUAAAUUUAAGAACAUCUUAAAAACGUUUUCAGCCUCAAAUCGCAAAAAAAAAAAACAAAAAUAAGAAUGUUCAGCCUCAGCUCCAAAAUUAGGCGUUCUUAUAUGGUAGAACACUUCGAGCUUCUUCGGUCGUUUAAGGAACACAAAACAUUCACCUGCAGCUGUUGGUCUCUAAAUUAUCUUGUGUUCUCAAAAACUGUCAUGUUUAUCAUGUGUAAUACAUGGCUUUGCCUUCUUUAUUUGUUGAAUAAAAUUCAACAAAUAAAUUGCGUCUAAAUUUUAGGCCUAUUAGUUGAUCAUAUCUACGUGUUUAUUUGCGCCAUUUGAAUAUUAAAUAAUAUAAAUGAAAGUUUGUGUCAAUCAAAAUGAGGGAUAUUUUUAGAUCGAGACUCGCAAGAUGCUCGUUCUAUAGCAGUCUUGUUGCACGGACAUACUGAAACGAUAGUUAGCAGCAAAUGAUCUAGUUAUAUCUGCUCACAAGAGGAGCCCAUGAUGUGGCAACGUUCGCCACGUGCAGCGGUGAGAUGAUUAGCCUGCAGAACAGGCGGAUUAGCGGGCUCUAGCGCGGCAGACGAGCUCGCGCGCGGGAGGCGCGAGAAUGAGCGCGAAGAUAUGCUGCAGAAACAAUUAUAACAAACAUGGCACACACGAGAACGAGAACGUGUCCUAGGAACAUGUUACAGCGACUUUUCCCCUUGUGUAUAUCCUGAUAUAUCUUUUUAAAGACGUCCCAUGAAGCUAAAUUAGUGGUCAGUCCCUUUUGCCCCAUCGGGAUUCGCACGCUCUCGUGUGAUUUCGCCCUUGACAUCUUCUCCACCCACCCCUCUGUUACUACGCUUGACACGCAAGCGUGACGGAAUUUGAAUGUAUGGUAACGCAGAUGAAACCGCGCUCUCUCAAGGAUUCACCCAAUCUCGUUCCCAGAGUCUUCGUUCUCCUUGACCAGCGGUCGGAAAACGAGAGCUCUGGGAGCAACC